AUGUCUCAAUACUUUCGCCCCAACGAGCACCCCACCGGGCACACCUCCCUCCCUAACACCACCACCACCUCCACCACCCAACCCACCACUUCCACCACCGAACCCACCACCACAACCACAUCCCCCGACCAACCCUCCACCCGCACCAUCACCACCCCCUACUGCGCCCUCGACCAAACCACCACCCUCCCCACAACCUCUGCUCCAGCCGAGACCUCAGCCCCAGAGACAGUUUCCGGGCUGGACCAGGCACACGUUAAGCGGCCUAAGCUCACCAGUGAGGAGGAUGAGGAGGGGGCGGAGCUGGAGGGAGGAAAACAGAAAGAUGGCAGACAGGAGGGGGGGAGAUUGGGGGAAAAGAUCGAGGGACGGAUUCGGGGGGCGGUGGGAGGGGUGUUUGAUGAUUUGAAGGGGGCUGUUGGGCAGGGGGGGGAGAAGGAGGGUGAGGAGGGGAAGGAGGGGAAGAAGGGGUUGGGGUUGCUGUGGAGUUCUUAGGGUUGAGGGGGGCGUGGUAGGUUGGAGGUGGUGAGUGGUAAGUUCAGGUGAGAGAUUUCCCAUGAAGGGCACCCCCUGUGGACCUCAAUGGCUUGCGAUGAGGGAAUUGCAAAGAUGGUUGCUGGACAAGUGGAGGCAAAGCUGUCGUGGCAGCUGAUUUGGGUUUGUGAGGGUGAAGAUAACAUUUGCUUUGCCGGUUGGAGGGCUUGGAAAGGGGGGCUUUGGCUGCUGGGUCUUGCUGGAUAAGUGGAGGCGAAGCUGUCAUGGGGGUUGAUCUGAGUUGUGAGAGUCAAGAUGACGUUUUGCUUGCUGGCCGGAGAGCUUGGAAAGGGGGCUUUGGUUG